CAUUUAAUGUCAUUCUCCAGGGGGGAAAUGAUAGGAGUGUGCUGUUUGUGUUUCUGGGAGUAGCAUGGGGAAAGGUCUUGGCAUUUUGAAGUAAGCUUUGAAGGAGGGAGGGGGACUUGAAUAGGCGGGGAGGAGUAAAAAGGGCAUUCCAAGCAGGGCAAAAGUACUUACCAAGGAAUCUAUUCUUACAGUGAUCUUACAGCCAAGUCCUUCUGUAAACGGAAUACCCUCUUCCCCACUUUAAUUUAACAUCUCUGGAUAUUGUGGGGUUUUUUCAUCUUGGGUUGUUUUUUUUUAAGUGGGGGCUCACCAUUUGCAGCAUUCAAUUAUUUACCAUUGCUAUGUUUUAGGUAGUUUAGGUGCUAAGAAUACAAAACCCAAAGCAAAAAUUUCAGCCAGAUAGAUCUUCAAUGAGGAUGUAUUUUCCAUGGGUUGGGUGGGAUACAACAUCCAUCUCAAAUCUAUAUACAGGCAAUACAGGAUGACUUGGGGAGGCAUGGGGGAUGGAGUGGAGAUCACUGGGUGCCACCCUAACUCUUCUGAGAAAGGUAGCAAUUCAGCUAAAGGCUCAGGACUUCUUAGAGCAUCCCUUUGGCAACUAAGGAGAAACACCACGUGGCUGAGCCCUUGUUCUCCUUUCUAUUCCUUACUCUUCCUUGGCUCCUUUUCUAGAAAGACAUUAACAGUCUAGAACUCAUAUAGGGGAAAGUGAAGGAGCUUGAAACCAUGCUAUGUGUCAAUCAGUCAAAGGUAGCAGGAAUAUUUAACAUGGAGAAGAGCAGACUUAGUAGGGACACAAGCCUAAUGUAAUGGGAUAGACAUUGGAUUUUGAAUAAGUUGACCUGGAUUCAAAUCCUGAUUCUACUACCUACUGCUUAUGUGAUCUGGGGCAUGUUGCCUAAUGUAUCUAGCUCUCAGCUGCCUCACACCUAUAAAAUUAGAGACUUGGACUAGAUGACCUCUAAAAUCUGUUCUAGCUCUAAAUGCUAAAACUCUAAAAAUCUCUCUUGGGGAAUUACGAUAAGUUUGGCUAAGAGAUGACCACAAUCAUGGUAGUCAGGGUUAAUCAUAGAGUUAGAGCUGGAAAGGAUCUUAGAGCUCCCUAGCUAGUUCAGAUGAGGAAACUGAGGCCCAGAAAGAUUAAAUGACUUUCCAAGGGUCCCUAAGCCAGUAAGUGGCUGAGGAGAGAUGGGAAGGGCUCAGUAUGGCAAUUAUCUUUAUCUACAAUGGAAGGAAUGUCAGGUAGAGGAGAGACUAGGCUUAUUAUUCCCAUUUUGCAGAUAAGAAAACUGAGGCUAGAGAGGUGAAGUAUGAUUUACCUAUAGUUACCCAGCUAGUUAGCAUGAUAGUUAUUAGAAAAAAUGGUGGCUUUAGAAUUUGGAUUCAAAUCCUAGUUCUGGAACUCUUACCACCUGUGUGACUAUUGGAAGCAAGUGACUUAAAAUCAAUUUUCUUCAUUUGUAAACAAGGUGGUUGAACUAGAUAGAUGAUCUUUAAAAUCAUUUCCAGCUCUAAAUCUCCUGAUGUCUAUGAUCCACAGAGUCAGAGAAUGUGACUCCUAUCGGUGUUUUUUCACCUUUGGCACUAGACCCUGUUGUGUGUUCAGACUCUUGAUCAAGUCUAAGCUUGGGUCAGUGGAGGUAAGUCUGGCAGCAAGAGGUACUUGAUUAACAUUUCCAUUACCUUAUCCUCACCCUGGCCCUCCCUGACAGGCAGGGGAAGAAAGGGUGGUAUUCCCAGUUAUGACAUCACAAAGCUGUUCAGCAGGGUUGCCAUGCAGCCCCAGACUUUAGGCCAGGAUAUUUUGAGAGGACCCAAGGUGUUGGAGCCCUGGCAGCUUCUCCAGCUAGCCACACUGGACCUCAAUGGAGGCUUUGGUCUGUGCUUUCUCUGAGCUGCGAAUAAGAGAAGAUGCAGUGAACCUGACUUUGGGCUGCCCAGGCAGUGCCGACACUCCCCCCAACAUCUACGAGGGGGGCCUAGGGGCCCGGAGGCAGCAGUGCCCCAGCCCACCAGGCAGCAAGCCCAAGAACUUCCGUAUUCGUCACCUUCGGAGCCUGGCACUCUAUCUGCCCAGCAGCAUGCAACCUGCCGGCCAGUGCGAGAGCCACUGGCUGGGGAGGCUAAUGGCAGGGGGCUGCCUGCCACGAGUAGGGCCCCUGCCCAAGGGCGGGGCAUGGGCCCUCGAUCUUCCUGGCCUUCUGAGCUCUACCAACCACCCCCUGGAUUCACCAGGUCCCCAACCACCCAGGGAGAGCCUAGGGAGUACAGCUUCCAGCUCCAGCACCGAUCCAACCAAGGGUGCCCUCUCCCAGCCCUGGCCACCCGAGGGCUCAGGCUUCAGGCCCAAGAGGUCUUGGGGAGCCUUGGAGGAGUCAACACGUCCUAUGUGCAAGAGGACCCGGCCCGGGGCCCAGGAGAGGCCAUAGGGCAGUCCCAAGCAGCAGGGCUCCUUUCCCCAGCUCUGAGGGCAGGCGGAGGGAAUGGCUUGAGGCUACAGGUCCAGACUCUCCAAAUGCCCCCUGGCAAGCAGCCCUCCAGGAUGCCAAGACAGCUGAGGAAGUUGCCUCGAAGGGAAGUCCGACUGUGGUCUCAGGGAAGUGAGAGGAGAGGGAAAAGAUUCCCGCCUGAGGGUCGGAGAAAGGAGAAGCAGGGGCAGUGGUCCAAGCAGCCUGGGCAGGCACUACAUACUCUAUUGCCUUGGAGAUGGUGUUGAAGGCAGAUAAUCCCAGUCGAGCAGGCCUGGGAACCAGCAGGCCCUACAUCUGAAUAAAGGGAGAGGUCUGUCCAUCCUCAAGUCUGCCUCUAGGCCCCUGCCUCCUGCCCAGGUUUACAAAAGGACAUUCCCAGAAGGCCCAGGGAGAUCACCAACAAAUAUCAGGGGCUUGGGUAUUGGGGUCAGGGUUACCCCUUUCUUUUCUAAUAGUAUAUAUUGUUAAACCUGCCUGCAGGUCUCCCUUCCCACUUCUGCCUAUGUACCAAUCCCUUAAAGAGACAGCCUGUCAUAGUGGAUGGAAUGCUAGAUGUGGAGUUAGAAGACCUGGGUUUAAAUACCAUCUCUGAUACUACCUAUAUGACCCUGGGCAAGUCUUCCCUUCACUUUUCAGGGCCUCACUUUUCUGAAACUAAAAUGAGGAGGUUGUACUAAAUGGCCUUCAAGGUCCCUUCCAGCUCUAACUCUAUGAUCCUGAGUUCUCACUGUCUCUCAGGCUUGGCUCCAAUUGGUCAGUCAAUGCUGGGGGAUCGACCUUCCAUUGAUCCCUAAUAGGAAGAAACUGCUGUGAAUGGGAAGGGGAAAAUCUGCUGCAACCUCUGCAUUAGCCACAUUGCUUGGCAAUAGGCAAGCUGUGCAAGGGUGGGAGGUGGGGGAGGGCUGGGAGGACAGAUGAGGAGGACUGAGGGAAGGGGAGGAUUGCCUGCUGGGUCCUCUGUGGGGUUCAGGCUGAGGUCUGUGGUAUCCUUGCAUCUCUCUUCCUGACAGGAGGUGAUGCAUACAGGUGUCAUAUGCCAACACUCCAUCUGCCCAGAAAAAGGGUCAAGUUAAAAGGACAUGGGGAUUACUCCUCUCUGGAAUUCUACCUACCUUAUUUGGGGCUACUCAGCAGCUGCUGUGAAUGAGGAUUUGGGGUGUCCUCAUAUCUCCAGCUCUACCCUACCAACAUGGAUGGCCUGCGGGGCACCAGGCUCUUAAGAGCUAUUUGAGUGAGGUGGGAUAGUAGGAGCCAAUGUGCCACCUGGGAAGUUAAUCUUCUUGUCAAGGACAUUGAAUUUGGUGGAAUUUGUAGCAAUACAUGUGGUAUAUGGUUCCUCUGUCUCCAAGUUUUCUCCCCCAUAUGCCUAAUUCCAUCAUUAGAGUUACUGUUUUAGCUCUUCCCUCUCAUUUCCCUAGGCCUCUAGUCAGAUUCCCUUACUUGGUAAACAUAUUCUCUAGUUAAUAGAAAUUGGGACAGGCACAGGAUCACGUGUCUUGCCCCCAUGAGCCAAGCCCACAGUCUUUCCUGCCAGGUAUUAGGAAAAAGGGAAGGACCAGGAGUGUGUUGGCUCCCAGUACCUGCCACUUUUGUUAGGCUCUGCUGUCCCAAGGGAGCACAUUGAUGAGGGAGGGAUCAGGGCAGAGGGAAAGCUGAAAUAUCUCAAAGCAGGGCUGGGAGGAAGCCAUCAUAGAAUGCCAAAGCAGGAAGGGGACUUGUAAAUAAAUGAGUCCAGACUCCUUAUUGUACAGAGUAGAAGCUGAGGGAGGUCUAGAAAAAGUGACUCAUAGUAGCAGAAUCAGGAUUCGAAUCUAGGUCUUACUCCCACCCAAUUCAGAGCUUGCUCUCUCAUCAUACCAUGGUGCCUCUCCAUGGUACUGAAAUGUAUUAUUUAGAGAAAUGUUUUCAACAAGCAUUUCAGUGUCAAGUGCUAAGCACUGUGCUAGGUGAUAUGGAUAUAAAGAUGGGGGGGGAAAUCCUGCUCUCAAGGAGUUAAAACGCUUGCCUCAAACCACUCCCCCAAAGAAAUCAUAGCAGGCAUCCAGAAAUAAAUCUUUCGGAAAGGGAAGGAAACUGGGGGCUGACCUUGGCACGUAAGUGGUCCAGUCAAGGGUACAGAAUUAAUGAUCCAUUAUGAGGCAGGGCGAAUGUGUUGAUUUAUUUUGCUUAACUGUACUUAGUUGUUAAAAUGGAGGGCUCGUAGAGGGGAAAAGUCAUUGGGAAGUAGAAGCAACUUUUUAAAAAGCAUCAAUAAAACAUUAAAAAAAAUUGGGGCCUGAGAAACACAACACUUUGGGAGCAACAGGGAUGAUGUACCAGGGUGGAGAAGAGGAUUCUGAGUGUUUCCAACUCUUUAGUAAAAUAGUAAAAUUAAGUAGGACUCCAACAACCGACACACAUGUUGGCCUGACUGGCGCUUUUAAAAGAUGGCAGCCUUAUACCCUCUGAAGAUUCACUCCUGUACAGCCAAGAACAAGUCCUAGGUUGCAAUCUGUGACUAAAGAAGUCUAUAGCAUACUAGGGUAUCUUAGAAUCACAGAAUCUUUGGAUUAAUACGAAACUCCAAGAUUAUCUAGUAUGAGAUUCAUCCCAAAUCCCUCCAUCAAAUCUCAAGAAAUUGAGGCAGCUAAGUGUUGCAAUGGAUAAAACACUGGACCUAGAGUUAGGAAGAAUCACCCUCUGGU